CUGCCUGUCACCGCAGCGUUGGCAGAGGCUGUGCAUGUUGUGCCACUGCAGAAAACUUUCUAGAAAAACAAAGAAAAGAAAAAGUGGGGAAAAGGGAAAAAAAGAACUUUUUGUAGUGUUAAUGCUAUUUUGAGAGCUGGGGGACUGAAAGUGAGAGCGUCAGGACGCAGCAUUUUGGGGGGAAUUAUGAAAAACGCGGAGCUGUGAAUUUUAUUUCCAGUUGACAGCUGACAAGGAGAUGGAGAACAAGGCCAUGUAUCUGAGCACAAACGAAGAGAGAGAGAACGUCUCCAUAUACGAAGAGGCCUAUGAUGGACGCAACUUAUCCAAACUCAACCUGUGCGAUGAAGUUUCUACAAAGCGUCGCAGGAAGCAGGACCAGUGUUGCAGCCAUCUGAACUCCCUCUCAUCCAUCAAGUAUGCCAUUGUUUCCCUCUACAUCCUGGUUCUUCUCACCAUCUUUGGACUUUGCCUUGCAGUCUCUCGCUCCCAGGUGUCUUCUCAGCGGCAGGAGGUGCUGAUGGAGAAUGCAACCCGGAUGUCAGAGGGCUCUCAGCUGCUCCAGCAGACCCUGGGAGAGGAGUCCAAACAGGCAGAUCUGCUGGAGAACAUCUGGAAACUGGAAAACCUCUUCCAGAACCACAGCAACUGGCUGCAGAGGCUGGAGAUCCUCAUCAAGGCCCUGGAGGUGGAGCUGAGGACUAUGCAAGCUCACUCUCUUCAAUCAGAAGGUUACUUGGUACAGUUGGAUGACAGGUUGUCCUCACUAAGCAACUCUGCUGGCAGGAACCUGACGGGUUUGAGCUCAGAGGUGGCCCGAGCCUCCACAUGGCUUCGCGAUCAUGACGUCCUGCUGAGGGAAACCUCGAGUUAUGUGAGUGAACUGAGGGAAAAAUUAGAUGAGGUCAACUGGACUGUGGGAGCUGUUAAUCACACCUUCAGCAACGACAUCAGCAUUCACCAUCUGAAGAUCCGUGACUUGCAGAUCCAGAUCAGCAACAUAACAGAAGACACCAGCAGUUUAUGGGUGACCCACGUCCACACGGAGGCCCAGUUGAGGAACGAGAUGGAGAUCCUGAACACAAUCACAGAGGACCUCCGUCUUAAGGACUGGGAGCACUCCAUGGCCCUGAAGAACCUCACAAUAUUAGAAGGACCUCCAGGGCCAAAAGGAGAGAAGGGGGACACUGGAGAUGUAGGGCCCCCUGGGGUUCCUGGUCUGACUGGCUUGAGAGGAUUUACCGGAGAAAAAGGCAACCAGGGUCCGCGGGGAAUCAAAGGGUCUCUUGGGGUCGAUGGCAUGCCGGGAGAAAAAGGAGACAUUGGACCUGUCGGGCCUAAAGGUGACCGAGGAGAAAGAGGUUUCAAGGGAGAGAAGGGUGACCGGGGAGAGCGAGGAGACAGAGCAGUGGAGGAGACCUUGGUACGGUUGGUGAAUGGGUCAGGUCCUCACGAAGGGCGUGUGGAGGUUUUCCAUGAACGUCGCUGGGGAACCGUGUGUGACGACGUCUGGGAUAAAAAGGAUGGAGAUGUGGUCUGCAGGAUGCUGGGAUAUCAAGGAGCAACCGAGGUCCAUAAGACUGGACGCUUCGGACACGGCACUGGUUUGAUCUGGAUGGAUGAUGUCGCAUGCACAGGGACAGAAGACAGCAUCCAUGAGUGUAAGUUUUCCGGUUGGCAAACCAACUGUGGCCACGUCGAGGACGCUGGUGUGACCUGCGCACCUAAACCUUCAGGACCCCAAACACUGCUGCAGCUGCCGAGUAUCGCCCAAAACACUGCCUUAAACUUAAGGUGCUGA